AUGGACAUUGAUGAUCACUGCAAUAUCCCUCUAGCCUCGUCAACGCCGCUAACACCAACACCUCCAACACACAGCAGCAACAAAGACACAACAACGACCUCCAAAAUCCUCCAAGCGCUCCCCAAACUCCCGCUCCCCUCGCCCACCAAGCACGAAAACAUCUACACGCUACCCAACUUCCUAACUUUCACACGCCUCCUCGCUGCCCCGGCCGUUGGCUACUACAUCCUACACUCACAACCCGUGACCGCGAUCCUUUUAUUUUUCUACGCGGGCGUGACGGACGCCGUGGACGGGUAUCUGGCGCGGCGCUACAACUCGCAGACGGUAGUCGGCACCGUGAUCGACCCGAUGGCUGACAAAGCGCUGAUGACGAUCACGGUGGUGUGCCUGACGAUCCAGUCGAUCCUGCCCUUAUGGCUGAGCGUGGUCAUCCUGGGCCGAGACGUCGCGCUCGCCAUCUCGGCGAUCUACUUCCGCUGGAUCAGCCUGCCGCCGCCCAAGACCUUCGCGCGAUACUGGGACUUCAGCUUGCCGAGCGCGGAGGUCCGUCCGACCGAGAUCAGCAAGAUCAACACCUUCUUGCAGCUGUUGCUCGUUGGGAAUGCCAUGCUGUUGCCUGUCUUGCCGGAGGCGCUGGUCGGCGCGUGGAACCUGAUCGGGGUGUUUGAGGGCUGGUGCUAUCUUGUCGCGUGCACGACACUGUGGAGUGGACUCAGUUAUGUGGGGAAUAGAGAGGCAGUGAAGAUUCUGAGUCGUGAGGAGGGCGAGGAGAGGAAGCGGAGGUUAGUUGAAGGAUUAGGAAAGGGUGAGGUUGGCAAGACAUGA